CUUCAGGAGGGCCAGUGGGUGGGAAGGCUGAGACCCUUUGAGUGGGGUUCCAGGCUCCCCGUUGACAGCCGCGGCAGGAAGCAGGCGGGUCCUGCCGGGGCGCCAAGGCCUCCUGUCCUCUGAGGGGGAUCCCUGGACUCUGUCCCACCUCACUCCCCUCGCUGGACCCCGAGUCUGCGCAUGGAGAAGUCCCUGGAGAACUCUACCCUGGAGGAGUCUCUGGGGCAAUACCAGCUGAGUCUCCGGGAAUGUGUGAGGAGAAGCUUUCACCGCCUGAGAGAAUACAAUGCCGCUAUCAGAGGUGGUGCACCGGAGCCUCCUGUGAGCGCUGAAGGAGGCAGUGAGGACACUGGGACUGCCUGGCGUGAGCUACAGCACAGCCAUGCCGUUAUGCAACUCAAAGCCUUGUUGAACCAACAAGCAACUAAGGAAAAUGAGGUGUCUCCAUCAAGAAGAAGAAAAAUGUCCCCUUUGAGGUCAUCAGAAUAUGAGGAAACCAAUAUGCCUACUGCUCAUAAUCUUGUCCCUAUCAUCUAUGAUCAGUCCCAAUACAUUCAUCAUUUAGAGGCAGAAGUCAAGUUCUGCAAGGAGGAACUCUCUGGAAUGAAAAAUAGGAUACAGGUCGUUGUGCUCGACAACGAACGGCUCCAACAAGAGCUGAAAGCUCGAAGGCCAGAGGAAGCGAUGAGGGAACAAACUCUUCUGGAUGCAUCUGGUGCCAGCGUCUCCACAGUGGCCCUUGUCCAGCAGAUGCCAUCCAGCCCGAUGCUCCCGCCUCCCCGCUGCCCUGCCAGCCCCGCGAGCGAGGACAGAGGGGAGAGAGAUGACUUCAUGUCCGCGCUGGUUUCCGCGAGGAGCAGCUUGGCGGACGUGCAGCAGAGGGAGGCGGGCGCCUACGAGCAGGUGAAGCGUGCCGUGCAGAUGACGGAGGAGGCCAACCUUGAGAAAACCAAGGCCCUAAUCCAGUGUGAGCAGCUGCGGAGUGAGCUGGAGAGGCAGGCGGAGCGCCUAGGGAAGGAGCUGGCCGCUCAGCAGGAGAAGAGGACCGCCGACAAAGAGCUGAUGAAGAGCGAGCUGACAAAGGAGCGCGAGGACAUGGGGUCCAAGAUGUUGGCUCUGUCUCAGAACAUUGCCCACCUGGAGGCCCAGGUGGAAAAGGCUACAAGGGAGAAGGUUUCAGCUGUGAACCAACUAGAAGAAACUCAAAACCAGCUUGCUUCCCGGGAAAUGGAAGCCACAAAGGUGUGUGGGGAAAUGCGCUAUCAAUUGAAUAAAAUCAAAAUGGAGAAGGAUGAGGCCGAAAAGGAGCACAGAGAGUACAGAGCCAAAGCUAAAAGGGAUCUUGACAUGAAAGACCAGGAAAUAGAGAGACUGACGCUGGAGCUGAGGGAGAGCAGGCAGCACGUGGAGCAGGAGCAGCAGAAGGCGGCGGGGGCCGGCGAGGAGCUCCUGACAUUGACAGAGCGGCUGGGCGAGGCCGAGCGCCAGCUGCACCUCACCAGACUGGAAAAAGAGACCAUUCAGCAGAGCUUCAGCAGCGAGGCCAAGGCCCAAGCCCUUCAGGCCCAGCAAAGGGAGCAGGAGCUGACACAGAAGAUGCAGCAAAUGGAGGCCCAGCAUGACAGGACCGAAAGUGAACAGUAUUCAUUGCUGACCUCCCAGAAUGCAUUUUUGACAAAGUUAAAGGAAGAGUGCUGUACGUUAGCCAAGAAACUGGAACAAAUCUCUCAAAAGAGCAGAUCUGCAACAGCUCAGCUCAGUCAGGAGAAGAGGUACGCAUACGGCAAACUGAAAAAGUUACAGGAAAGAAACGAUGAGUUGGAGGAGCAGUGCGUCCAACACGGGAGACUCCAUGAGAUCAUGAAGGAAAGUUACCCAGCAUGCCACAAUCCGAUUGCUGACCUGGAUGAAACAGUGAAAUAAAUGAUUUACAAAGAAUAUUUACAUUCAUCUGAUUUGCACGUAACGUGCCACAACGCACUGUGGCCUCCCGGCGGCCCUGCUCCGGCCGCAGGCUGCGUCCUCACCGCCACGUGCGUCUCCGGGCGGCCCCGGCCGAUGGACGGGCCCGAGCUGCCGCUGCCGGACGCGCCCUCCUGGUGUGGGUUUUGGGAAAUGGCUUCGAGUUACUGUACUUUGAAAUCUGCUCGUUUGUCUGCUAUGUAUGUUACACACAUGAAUUUCAAUAAACGGACUUCGGAGAGA